AUGUUGAAUUAUAAUCCCGAAAGAUUUGACCCAAGCACUACACCAUGUGCAAUGCCUUUUAUUAAGGACGGUGAAAUCGUAAGAGUUCCGGAUUCAACGGUUUAUACUGCUGUUCAAAACAGUUUACAAAACAUUUUAGCGAAUAUCUUUAAUUCAGAAACUACAGAAAUAAAAUUACCAUAUAUAACAGAUGCUAAAGAAAUUAAAUCAAAAACGACAACAUUAUUUACGUCACUUAAUGAUUUAAUGACUUAUAUCAUUAAUAUUCCUGCACCAACUACAGCAUUUGAUCCAAACUCGACGGUUUGCAGUGUACCUUUCAUAAAGUCGCAAACGGACUCUUUGAGUCCUGAAGGUCUUUCAGACCGAAGCGACCAGGGCGAAGCCCAUGACAGUUCAUUAAUUACUUUAAGGGAUUCAACAGUUAAUGAAUCAUUAAAGGCGUCAUUAAUGAAAAUCAUUGAUUUUAACUCAUUCACGAAUACAUAUAAUUCAUUCAUUAAUGUUUCAUAUGCUUCUAAAGAAGGUGAGCCAAAAACUAUCGAUAAAGCGGUGUAUGAAAUAAAAGCAUCAACGACGAAAUUGAAUUCGUUAACUUUUGACGGUGAUAGUUUCGUUAAUGACAUAACAUCGGGGAAAACAAUUUUAACGAAAGAAUAUUUAAAAUCUCAUGUUAGUGAGUUCGUUGAAAUUGAAAAAGAAGGUGGAAUUAAGUUCGAUCCACUGAAUUUCAUUUUCAGCUUAGCGAAUGCGGGUGUUAGUUUCGCUGAAUGGACAACUAUACAGAGUGAAAUAAAUGCAAUAUGGACGUUUUUGGGGUCAAAAGCGGGAAUGGGUGAGCUUGUAAAUGCUGCAAGAACAUUAGGUGAAACAGGAAAUUUUGUAGAUGGUUUUAAAAGACUUGUUUCAAAUGUUUUAA